AUGAGGCACCAGGGUCACAAAACAGUUGACGAGGGUUCACCACCGAAGGGACAACAGCGCCACGCUCGGCCAUCUCGCCAUACAUCUCGUAAGGCAGCAGUUCAAAUGGAAUUCCCAGAUUUUCCACAGUUCCACAUGCGUGCCAGAAUUCGCAUGAGGCACCAGGGCUCACCAAAACAGUUGACGAGAACCGCUCGGCCAUCUCGCCAUACAUACUCGUCGAAGGCAGCAGUUCAAAUGGAAUUCCCAGAGAUUUUCCACAGUUCCAUGCGUGCCAGAUUUCGCAUGAGGCACCAGGGCUCACCAAAACAGUUGACGAGAGUGGGAUUCGAACCCACGCCCCCGAAGGGACUGGUGCCUAAAACCAGCGCCUUAGACCGCUCGGCCAUCUCGCCAUACAUACUCGUCGAAGGCAGCAGUUCAAAUGGAAUUCCCAGAUUUUCCACAGUUCCACAUGCGUGCCAGAAUUCGCAUGAGGCACCAGGGCUCACCAAAACAGUUGACGAGAGUGGGAUUCGAACCCACGCCCCCGAAGGGACUGGUGCCUUAAACCAGCGCCUUGGACCGCUCGGCCAUCUCGCCACAUCUCAAUUCCGGAAGGCAGCAGUUCAAAUGGAAUUCCCAGAUUUUCCACAGUUCCACAUGCGUGCCAGAUUUCGCAUGAGGCACCAGGGCUCACCAAAACAGUUGACGAGAACCGCUCGGCCAUCUCGCCAUACAUACUCGAUUCCGGAAGGCAGCAGUUCAAAUGGAAUUCCCAGAUUUUCCACAGUUCCACAUGCGUGCCAGAAUUCGCAUGAGGCACCAGGGCUGACCAAAACAGUUGACGAAGAGGGGAUUCGAACCCACGCCCCCGAAGGGACUGGUGCCUUAAACCAGCGCCUUGGACCGCUCGGCCAUCUCGCCACAUCUCAAUUCCGGAAGGCAGCAGUUCAAAUGGAAUUCCCAGACUUUCCACAGUUCCCCAUGCGUGCCAGAUUUCGCAUGAGGCACCAGGUCUCACCAAAACAGUUGACGAGAGUGGGAUUCGAACCCACGCCCCCGAAGGGACUGGUGCCUAAAACCAGCGCCUUAGACCGCUCGGCCAUCUCGCCAUACAUACUCGUCGAAGGCAGCAGUUCAAAUGGAAUUCCCAGAUUUUCCACAGUUCCACAUGCGUGCCAGAAUUCGCAUGAGGCACCAGGGCUCACCAAAACAGUUGACGAGAGUGGGAUUCGAACCCACGCCCCAAGGACUGGUGCCUUAAACCAGCGCCUUAGACCGCUCGGCCAUCUCGCCAUACAUACUCAAUUCCGGAAGGCAGCAGUUCAAAUGGAAUUCCCAGAUUUUCCACAGUUCCACAUGCGUGCCAGAUUUCGCAUGAGGCACCAGGGCUCACCAAAACAGUUGACGAGAGUGGGAUUCGAACCCACGCCCCCGAAGGGACUGGUGCCUUAA